UGUAGAGGAGAGCCGACGGGAAGCAGCCGCAGACUCGGCCAGAGGGCGCUACAGCCCCGACAAGUUGCAAAUGCGACGCGGCUUUGCUGUCGUCUAGCAAAGUGAAGCCCAACCUGGGCAGGUGCCUUCAAGCCCACCAAAAAAAAAAAGUAGCUACAGUUUCAGGAGGCCUGAGACAGCGAGCAAGAGGUCCAUCAUGUUGCCCUUGCCCUCCAAGCGGCAGCGAAAAGCUAAGUCUGCCCGCCCCGUCAAUUCUUCAGAGCGCCCCGGCCAUGAGGGCGAGGGCGGCUGCGGCGCUUUCAGCACCGGCUCGCGGCGCCUGCUGAGCCAGCGACUGCCCAAGUGCGCGCGCUGCAGGAACCACGGCGUGGUGUCCAGCCUCAAGGGCCACAAGCGGCUGUGCCGCUGGCGGGAGUGCGCGUGCGCCGCGUGCUUGCUGGUGCUCGAGAGGCAGCGCGUGACGGCCGCGCAGGUGGCGCUGAGGAGGCACCAAGACCAGGUGGCCGGCCAGGUUAAGAAAGCCAUGAGGAGCAGUGAAUGUUCAGUUUCUGGCCACAGAUUAAACUUCCAUUGCAAGACCAAGCAGACUGCCAGGUUGUUGGCUAGACACUCACCGGAAGCAAAUAGUCCACCCUCCCAGGAAACAGAACAUUGCCUUUCUAGCCUCAGUGAGAGAAUGAGGAAAAGAAGGGCAUUUGCAGACAAGGAGUUAGAAUCAAUAAUGCUGGAAAGGGAACUUCGACAAAGAACCUUUGACGGAUUUGCUGCCCAUCAGAGAAGACAGCUGCUGAGCAGAGAGCAUUUACCAGCCCUUGAGGAAAACGUAUUCCAAAGUGGACAUGAUUACCUUAAUUACUUGACAUGCGUUAACUCUGGUAUGUUGAAUAUUUGUUUCCCUUUGCUGCAUUCAAAUACCAAGGUUCUAGACUAUGGACCUUGCAUUUAUAAAAUCACAGACACUUCUCCUUUGAAUGUAGCUUUUAUCACAGCAAGCCAAACUGAAGGUGGCACUUCACAGAAACGUACCUGUGAGGAGAACGUGAAUAAAUACCUAAGUGUGUACAGAGAAAAUAAUUGUGACUGGAAGGAGCAAGCUCUGUCCAGUGUCUUUUCCAGAGAUCUUCUCUUACUUGAGAAUAAUUGGAGCCCCAAAAUAAUAAAACUCCAAGAAAAUAAAGAAUUAAUAGACAUGGCAGCCAGAUACUGUAUUUUGUGUAAUCAUCACGCAAAACAAGAAAAUCACAAUGUUAAUGAUACAGGUCUUGAAGUCAAGGAGGAUGUAAGGCAUUUAUCUCAAGAGUGUUGCUCAGAAAUAAACAAGCAGAUACUGUCUUUUUCAGUAGAAUCUUUAUUAAAAGUUUAAAUCUAUUAAGUAGCUUGGAUGGCCAGUAUUCUUAUGAAAUAUUAAUAAGGAAGUCUCCCUACUAAAUAAAUAUUCAUAUUGUAUGUAAAACUGUAACUCUUCUGCAAGUAAUUAACAUCAUUGACUCCUAUUCCAUUUCUGAUGUAGGGGGAAAACGUUCUACUUUGUUGUGAUACAUUGGAACUAGAUCAAUGUGUUCUGGUAAGAGUGAGGAUUUGCAUCUUUAUUUUCAUCAAUGUUUAUGUUUGUAAAUGUGUUCAACUGGGCUUUUUUCAUCCAUCUUGUUUUGCUUAUAAGUAAAACAUUAUUUGCCUGUAUGAAGCUGCAAAAUAUUACCAGGCAUAUGGCUUCCAGUAUAUUAUAAAAUACAGUGUAACUAUUUGCAGAGGGAAAACCAGGUGAAAAAAUAUUACAACAUAGCAUAAUGUCAUAAAAUGGCGUAACAUAACUUUUUGUUUUGAUCAAAUUACUGGAAGUAACUGUGAUACAAAUCACCAAUUUUUGUGCUUAAAGUCCCUGAAAGUCCCUGCAACUGCAGCUUCUUUCAAACAGGAUCUGAAAAUCUAGUUGAAUAUCCUUUGCUGAAGCAGGGUAAUUGGUAACCAGCAUUUCCAUUUGAUUAGCCAUAUCAUUCGGAUUAUGAUAUGCUCCAAGCAGAGAGGCUACCACUGCUAUUAAAAAGAAAAACAUGCACCCAAACUGACAAAAAAAUAAUCUGGGACGAGGACGGGUCACCACCACCACUGUCAUGGAGAAGAGGGUCAGCAGAAACAGAAGGGGAAAUUAAAGAACUGCGGUGUGUGCAGUGUGAUCUGUCCUGUACCUUUUAAGGGUAGCCAUGCCCACUGUUGUUUCUGGUCAAGAAGGUUUUACAGAUUUUGUACUAUUUUGAAAACCUACAGAAUCUGUUGAUCAGAAGUGGUGGUAGAAUAAGUGCACAUUCUAUGAGCAGCUGCCCUCCUUUCAAGCUUAUUCAAUUCUGAGAAUGCAAUCCCAAGCACACUUACUAGGGAGUUGGAUUCAUGAGCAAAAUGGAGAAUACAGCCAAGCAGACAUGCAAAGAUAGGAUUUGUGCUGUGAAAAUCCUCUCAUCCACCUCCACAGAAAAUAGUAUGUGUAUGGAAUUGAACUUUACUGCUUUUCGCUGGAAAUAUAUUGGACACUACUACUAAGGGCACAAGCCUAGACAGUGUGUCUGGAAGUCCUGGGCUGCCUAGGCGACAGGAAUUCCAUACUACUUUGAUGAUAGAUUCUUGGCACCCUUAUUACAAAUAAUGAAAUAGUGCAAUACACUUCAAUUCUACUAUCUAAAACAAUAGGCAAGGAAAGUUAAAGUUCUCAAGAUAUGCAUUACAGUUCUCAAGAUACGCAUUACCUUUUUCUACAAAAUACAAAUAUUGCUGGAGCCAAUAUUUCAUUCUAUACACAAAAGAAAUUAAAGCACUAGUUGCCAAUUAAUUUAAAUACUAAAGAAACACGUAUUUCAAGCUUUGGGGGGCCAGUUUAACAUCUCAAGGUCUUGCUUUUAGUCCCAAAUAAUAUGCCCCAAAUAAUAAUUUGCCUUAAUGAAGCAAGUGUAUGUUCUUUUCUUUUAGCAACAAUUUCCUUUAAAGAUAGUAUAUUGGUUCAUUUAUAGCUUAUAGAUUUUCCCAGCUCUUGGUCUCCAUUGAGCUCUUGCAUGAAGGAGAGCUUUGUAAAUCAUGGAAACACUCAUAGCAACUGAAAUGGUUAAAGUUAUUUCUCUACAUAUUGAGUCAUAUCACAGAGUUAAUUUGCCCAACAAGAAUUCAUGCAGCUAGCUUAUAUAAACACAGGUUUUGUUUUUAAAAGAUUGGGUUGCUUCAUUUGUGAAAAGGUCCAAAUGCUCUCAGCUACCAAGACAAGUUAUUCUCUGCACAUUGCAGUCAGGCUCUUUUUACAGGAAAUGACCAAAGUCUGCUCUUUCCACUUUCCUUUGCUUCCUGCAGGCUUCAUGAUAUGCCUGUUAUGGGCUGCCCUCUGCUAGUGAAGAAACAGUAGGGAAUGACUGAGAUGAUUGGCUUAUUUUUGUUGCCUCUUGCUCCUUCACAACCUGAAGCUAAGUAAAGCCUCAAUAAGGAAGGGCUUUUAAUUGACCCAAGCAUUAUUUUGAUGGAGGGCUAUCCCACAGUAGUCCAUAAAGAUUUUAUUCUUUAAAAAUUGCUCUCAUUCAGUGAUUUGGGUCUUCCAGUAACUUGGGUCAGCACACAUUGGAAAAUUUUCUGAUACAAGUAAGGAACAAGAGAGUAUAGACACUUAGGUACAACUUGUGUCACUUGAGGUGUGAGUUGCUUCCAUGGAAUGGCAUCCUUUUUAUAAGCUUAAGGUGAUGCACCACAUGCAACUCUACUUGGAAUAUUAAUAGUUUGACUUCACUUAUCUAUGCUCUGGACUGGUAACAUUCAGGUUAGAUUACCUGUGUGUUGCUGGUUCUCUGAUUGGGAAUUUAAUACACAGUUUGUUCUGGAUAGGUUCGUUCUCCUCUUGAAAGAGUGAGCUCAUGGUCUUGGGGCUCUCCUUGAUCCAGUGCUGUCCUUGAUGGUCCUGGUGGCAAGGAGUUCCAAUUACUAGCUUGUCAGUGAUGGCCUUUCCUGGUUAGGUAGCCUAGCCAUAGCAACGCAUGUUAUGGUAACUUCCCAGUUGAAUUAUUGUAAAGUGCUUUUUGGGCUGCGUAUGGUUUAAAAACUGUAGCUGAUGUAAUUCUGAGGAUGUUGAGAAGUACUGGCGGUUGGAACCACAUAACAACAUUUGUCCUGCAGAACCUGCAGCACUCAAUUCAAUGUGUUAAUGU